GAUUGCUGAGGUAAGGCGACAAUACUGGAUGUAAAUUGAUAAUCAUUGGCACAGAUCUUUCUUUCACAUGUACAUCAAUGUGUCGUCGUAAAUUAGAAUAUCCGGGAGCGCGGUUCAGUGUCCUCGGGGUCAACGUGAUAGUUCGGUUGUGAUUGACGAGUGCAAGUGCGAACAUCGGAAUCAAUGGCAGCAAGACUUGGUUUUGUCUUCUUUGGGUUUACUGUCUUCGCUCAUUUAUUUGGUGGUGUAACGGAAGCUAGAGACAUCUGUGCUAGCAGCACGGGUGAUCUUCAUGCUCCAAGGCACGUAUCACUGGAAUUGACGUCGCCUAAUUAUCCUUUCGACUAUCCAAACUCAAAAAGCUGUAGUCAGACGAUCACUACCAAAUCACCCGUAUGGUGUGUUCAGAUCAAUAUGGCUCAAAUUGACUUGGAGAGCACUGACGACUCCAACUGUCCUUAUGAUGUUCUAUCUUUCUAUAAUGGCUCUACUACUGUUGAUCAGCGCCUUAUCAAGAAAAUGUGUGGGCAGAGUCUGGGAACACAACCAAUCACAUUUAACUCUUCAAUAAUCACUGUCCUUUUCAAGACUGACGCUUCAGUUCAAAAGAAAGGAUUCAGACUUAAAUAUGAAGCUGUUCUUUGUCGUGGAUUUCCUCGUUGUAGCAGAAGUCUGACUGCAGAUAGCGGAACUGUGACUUCACCUGGAUAUCCACUUAAAUAUCCUGAUAACUCCAAGUGCUACUUGUACAUUCAGGUUCCAUCUACUUGCAGAGCAAAGCUUGUAUUUACAACUUUCCAAUUGGAAUCGCAAUCAUCUUGUACAUAUGAUUCACUGGAGAUCUUUGAUGGCUACUUGCCUGAGUCUAGUAAAAGUGUUGGCAAGUAUUGUGGUAGUUCUCUUCCGGCACUUAUUAUGUCUUCAACAAAUGAGCUUUUGCUCUACUUCGUGACUGACGGAUCUGUUACAGAGGCAGGAUUCAGUGCUCAGUAUAGUGCUGUUUGUCCUAGUGCUUGUAACUCCAGUCCUUGCCAGAAUGGUGGCUACUGUGAAACAGUUGGAUAUGAUUCGUAUCGGUGUCACUGCCAGCAUGGUUAUGGAGGACAUAACUGUGACACAAGUGUAUGUUUUCAUGACGUCACCUCUGGCUCUGGACGUAUUGUGUCUCCAGGUUAUCCACGUUUGUACCCCAACAGUCUUCUGUGUGACUUUAGAAUAUGUGCUACGGAUACUGAUUUUGUUGUUCUUCGGUUUGAUGAUUUUCGUGUACAAGAUUCUCACAGUUGCUCUAGUGAUCGCCUUGAGAUCUUUGAUGGUGAUUCACCUACUAGUAGUUUAAUUGGAGUUUACUGCGGACAGUUGUCGACAAUUCUUGUUAACAGUACUCAUGAGUGUUUGUUCGUAAGGUUCACAGCUGAUAGACACUCUGGAGCUUCAGGUUUUCAAGCACAAUAUUAUUCAGUGGCUCAAGGACAGGCACUGGAAGCUUGUAGCAAUAAAAAUGGAGGCUGUGAACAACUUUGUGUUUCUGGAGACUUUCGUGAUUAUACUUGUGCCUGCAGACCUGGUUAUCGUCUCGAGAAAGAUGGUUACUCGUGUGAAGAUGUGGAUGAGUGUAUUCCUGCUUUGAAGCUUCAUGAUUGUGAAUUUCCUGCUACUUGCGUCAAUACAAGGGGCAGCUACUAUUGCCAAUGUAAUCGCAAUGGCUAUCGUUUGGGCAACAACUCUAAAUCAUGUGUUGAUGUUGAUGAGUGUUCAACACCUGAGGUCCAUGCUUGUAGCCAACAGUGUCACAACACAGAAAGUAGCUACUUCUGUGGUUGCAAUUCAGGAUAUGUUCUAACGUCUAAUGCCAAGCAAUGUGAAGACAUUGAUGAGUGUGCUUCAAGUCGAGGAGGCUGUGAUCAUCGUUGUCAUAAUACUCCUGGAUCAUUUGAAUGUCGCUGUCGUAAAGGAUUUAAACAAGACAGUAAAAAUCUAAGGAAGUGUGUUGAUGAAGAUGAGUGUGCUCUAUCUACAGAAGAACAGUGCCCACGUUGUAAACUUACAAAAGACAAUUGGUAUCGAUGCAAUUGUCCUGAUGGGUUUCAACAGGCUGAGAACCCAGUAAAAGAAGGAUAUGGUUGCAUUGACAUCAAUGAAUGUGAAGUGACACAGAAUAUAUGUGGAAGAAAUGCCAGAUGCUUGAAUACUGAAGGAAGUUACACUUGUAACUGCAAAGUUGGAUUUGUAAACGGAUCUAGUUCUUGUAUUGACAUCAAUGAAUGCAUCACAGAGAAUGGUGGAUGCGAAGAUACUUGUGUUAAUGAUCGAGGAUCAUAUCAUUGUGCUUGUUCAAGUGGCUACUCACUGACACGAAACAAACACAAUUGCACAGACAUAAAUGAAUGCACAAAUGGUGCAGCAAAUUGUAGUCAGUCAUGUGGAAAUACUGAGGGCAGUUAUACCUGCAGCUGCAACUCUGGAUUUGUACUGGAUAGUGAUGGACAGACGUGCAAUGAUUUGAAUGAAUGUGAAGCAGGAAUAGCAAACUGCUCGCAGUUUUGUAACAAUACUGGUGGAAGCUAUUACUGUAGCUGUGAAUCAGGAUAUCGUCUGCUUACUGAUAGACAUCAGUGCAGAGACAUCAACGAGUGUGCAGUAAACAAUGGAGGCUGUGACCAUCGAUGUCACAAUUUUCCUGGUGGAUAUUCUUGCAGGUGUCAUGUAGGCUACACGACUGAUGAUGGUGGCAUCACUUGCAACGAUAUUGAUGAAUGUCAGUUAAAUCCAUGUAAUAUGACAUGUCAGAAUACUAAUGGAAGUUAUUAUUGUGAAUGUCCAUCUCCACAAUUUCUACUGCAUUCUAAUGGCCAGGACUGCAUAGAUGUUGAUGAAUGUCAAACUAAUAAUGGUGGCUGCCAGCAACUGUGUAUGAACACAUACGGAGGGCGUGAAUGCAUGUGCUAUGAAGGGUAUCGAAAGCAGGGACGGCAUGGCAGAGGGUGCAGAGAUAUUGAUGAGUGUAGCACAGGAGAGGACAGCUGCCACCAUAAUUGUAUUAAUACCGUUGGCUCAUACAACUGCAGCUGUAGGAAUGGCUUCCUUAUGCAAGCUGACGGCAGAACAUGUGUUGAUAUUAAUGAAUGUGCUCUUAAUAGUACUGGUUGCAACCAGUUAUGUGAAAAUCUACCUGGUGGUUAUAGGUGCUUAUGUUUUUCUGGCUUUGAGGUCAAUUCUGAUGACUUCCGUGUUUGUGAUGAUAUCAACGAGUGUCUGGAUAAUAAUGGAAAUUGUUCGGGUGGAUGUGUCAACAUAGUUGGGAGCUAUGAAUGCACAUGUGAGAUCGACGAAAAGUUGGGUGUUGACCAACAUACGUGUUCUGCUUGUCCUACGUGCAGUGAGUUUCGAGCACUUCAGUCUUCUCUUCGUGAAAUGAGAACAUUGAUAAUGCAGUUGAAAGCAAAGGUUCAUAAACUUGAAGUGGCAAGCAUACAAAACAAUGUGCCCGAGAGUGAGCCAAACAGUGUGUCAGCAAGUAGUCGUUCAGCCAAAAAAGGAGCCUGAAUGCUGUUGAAAUCUACUAAUUUGAAGGAACAAUGGCAAAGACAUGAUUUAAUUUCAGUAAAAGUAAUCAUUCAUUCACGAACUACUAACUGCUGAUUAAUGAUGUAAUGUUGACUGCUGUUCAACAUGGAAUUAUAGAUUUAGUCCAUUUUGACAAAUCAGAUGAUACACUGCA